CGCUGUGCCUGCUUGUGUCUCAGCUGGUCCAGAACCUCAACUAUUUGGCAAAAACAAGCCCGCGAGGAGGGCAGGAUCAGUACUGUAAAUGGAUAUCUGGCUGGGGAUAGCAUCACCAAGCCAGACCGCUGAAUUAUUAAAAAUACUGGAGUCCUUCACUUUCUGCCGAGAACCAAACAUAAUACACAGAGAAUGUUACAACAAACAAUAGUCUCUUGGAUGUCUUGAGUUUAUUGCCCCAGAGAUUAAAGUACACCUGAGAAAGAAAGCAAUCAGAUUGUGACAAGGUAACUGGAUCACUCGGCUGGGGCAGUGAGUUUGGAAGUGCAACACAAGGCCAACACAAAUCUCUCAGCAAGCUCAUUUUCAUGUUGUGCACACUUGGAGAUGUGUGGCUGAACUGGAAAUCCAAGUUUUAAUUGAGCAAGCACCACUGAGUGCAAAGGCAACGGCGUCCUACUGGGCACAUUCAAAUCAGGAGUUUGGAAUGUGUAAACGUGCUACUUCUCUAAAUUGCCAUCAGAAGGACAAACUAUCAUCCAGGCCCUGUUUAUUUAACAACAUGUUUGUGUGAGCUCAUGGGAGACUGCUUUAUCAAGAGUGGAUGACGUGGCCAGUAGAACAGAAAGAACUCCUGUCCUCCUUUGCUACAUUUGGCCUUUACCCACUCACUGGCGCACACACAGACACCUACACACACACACACACACACACACACACACACACACACACACACACACAGAGCGAGAGUCAGAGGACAGAUGAAGAUACAAAGUGCUGGUGUCGUGGAGUCACUGGGCAGUGACUGGGGAGGUGGAGGUGAUGAAGUAUUUUCAUUGGCCUUUGGUUAACCCCAGGCUGUAAAAUAGCACCUUAUCACAACAAUGGGGCUUCUUCACAGGGUCAGGUGCCCCGAACUGACAAGCCAAGAGCAGGAUGCCUUUUGAGCGGGGGCCGAAAGGGUUGCUAUGGCGAUGUUUGUCAUCUGGGAAGUCUUCUGCAGAGGCAUGCUGGGUGAGAGCGAGAUUGAGAGAGAGAGAGAGAGAGAGAGAGAGAGACAGAGACAGAGACAGAGAGAGAGCUUGUAUUCUGACGAGGUCAUUUAGUGAGAGCAGCAAAGUUUUGCGCAGUCCAUUUGGGAGUUACUUUUGGAGAGAAUCCGCCACACAAGAACAGACAAGUGACCACAUGCAGUCACAGCUUUUUGACGAGGCCUGCUGUCCAAAUGGCUUCUGUAGGGAGCCUGGGGGUCCUUCUGGUCAGCACAUCAUAACUUCUCCAGAUCUGACCAAAGAGGUGGUCAUCUCCCCUGGAUUGCCGACUCCUCCUCUCAGCCCCUUUCGAACAACGAGACUUUCAUCUGGAGAGUUCAAGGCCUCUGAUGUCAAUGGAAGUGGCCAAACUACUCCCAGCUUUGGAUCAUAUUACGGGCCCUCACAGUCACAUGGGGGGCUCACCAAUGGGGUGCAGCCUUCUCCCACUAGGGAGGAAAGACUCAUCAAAUUCUCAGGAAUUGGCCCCGUGGACGAAACUGGGAUGCCCAUUGCCUCCAGAUCGAGUGUAAACAAGCCCAGAGACUGGUACAAGAGCAUGUUCAAACAAAUACAUAAGAAGCCGGAGGAAUGUGAGCCGGAGGAUUCAGACAGGUGGUCGACAAGAUGCCUGCAGGCCUCUGCGAGGAGUGAGGAUGAAGAAGGCGAUAAAUAUCUCUUCAGGCUAUCACCACAUGGAGCCUUGCCUGACUGGAGCCAGAAUGUCAGCGAGCUGUCAGAUCUGGGAAAGCAGCAGCCUAAACCCAAGAGCAUAUUUGACUUUGAGCCUGAAAAAGAUGUUUCUUCUGUAAACUUCAGCCAGGGUUACCGGUCGCCCAAAAAACAUCCUGAGAAGUCAAAGUCUCCUUCAGUUGAGGCCAGUCUGGUCUCCGAGCUGAGUCGCUUUGAGGCCGAGUUGGACUCGGAUAUCCAGGGCCUGGAAAGGAGACUGUCCCAGAAGCAGCAGCAGCGUCGAGGCUGGGGUGAGGAGACCAGGGCCAGGGACCCAGUGACUGCUGCAAGGGCUGCAAACACAAACUGCAGCAAUUCAUCAGCGCCAAAGCAGCCCAUCCGUCACUCUGUUGGCCCCUCAUCAGUCUUCGCUCCUACAUUUGAUCAACUUUCUCCUGCAAAUGACACAAUGGAGCGCUCGCCUAAGAAAGAGGAAAAGAAGAUGAAAGCAGCUCGGGCCAAGUUCAAUUUCCAGGCUCAGUCUGCAAAGGAGCUCACGCUGCAUAGGGGCGACAUCGUCUACAUCCACAGGCAAGUAGACGCCAACUGGUUUGAAGGAGAACAUCACGGUAGAGCGGGCAUCUUCCCCACCACAUAUGUGGAGAUUCUGCCUCCAUCCGAGAAGCCAACGCCUAUAAAGCCUCCCAGUCUGCAGGUGCUGGACUAUGGCGAAGCGGUCGCACUGUAUAAUUUCAGUGCUGACCUUCCAGUUGAACUUCCCUUUCGAAAAGGGGAAGUAAUAAGUAUUACUAGAUGUGUCAAUGACAAGUGGCUGGAGGGGAAGAUCUCAGGGACCAACCGAAGUGGCAUCUUCCCUGCCAGCUACGUUCAGGUCAACAAGAUGCCCCGCACCAAAUCCUCCACAGACAACUUCUCGACAAGCCCCGUGUCUCCCUUGUCUCCUGGACCUCAGAGUCCAGGACGUCCGCUCCACUCGCCUUGCCUGCGGUCGCCAUUGUCGCCGUUCAGCCCCGCAUGCAUCAGCCCCAAAAGAGAGCACUCCACCCGCAAUCCUUCGUCACCUCUACCUUCUGGUGCUGCUCCACAGUUGCACUCGCCUGUUCAGACACUUCUAUCCAAAGAAUCUGCCAAUCGGUGGCCCCAUAAUUCCUCCAACCCCGCUUCACCUGCCGACCGCAACGUUUUCAGCUCCGUGUCACCUUCUGCUUGGUCAGCAGCAUCUCCACAUAGCACAGAAGGGCCCAUAGUAAACACUCCCAGAUGCAAUGAUUCCUCGCAGGGAGUGCUUUCUGAUCCCAGCGCCAACUCACGCCGACCUGCACAAGUGCCAAACACUGCUGGCUCCACAGUGGUGCAACGUAAACCGUAUAAAGCUGUCUACAACUACAAACCACAGAAUGCAGAUGAGUUGGAACUGAGAGAAGGCGAUGUUGUACAAGUAAUGGAGAAAUGUGAUGAUGGCUGGUUUGUAGGUACGUCAGAAAGGACUCACGCUUUUGGGACUUUUCCUGGGAAUUAUGUGACAGCAGUUUAAGCUUCUUGUUUGACCAAACUGACAUGGAUUCACAAGAGCUCGACAACCACCCACCCUCACCACCUCCCUUAAGACGGGACAGGCAUGUUCAUCACUUUUCCAUGCCCAAAAAUGAAUACAGGAGAAGUCCUCACCUACCCGCAUGAGCGCAUGAGUGUGUUGCACUGGCUUCAUUACUUCAUGUACACCCAGCAGAAGAAUACUAAGGCUGGAUACUGAAGACAUGCAAAGAAUGAAUGAUUUUGUUGCACAAUUAUUUGCACAUUUAUAUUUCUUUCCAGAAUUAUGACCGUUCUUUCUAAUGUUCUGUAUUCAGCCACCACAAACCACUCCACGAAUUUGAUAAGAAUUUCUAAUAUUUUGUGGAAUCGAUGACUAACAUUUCCAUAAAAUGUCUGUCUCAGAUUAUUUUUCAGAUCUCUGAAGAAGUUGGAAGAAGCAACACGAACCUCUCUAGAAAAGCUCUUAAGUUAGAAAGGGAAAACAUGUGCCAUUAAGUUUACAUCCAUCCACAAGGCUAUUCAGAAAAGAAAAGUUUGAUAGCACAAGCACUAGUUUCUUCCUAUCAAUUGUUAAAUAUCUAGUUAUCUUGUUUUUGUUUUUAUUUCUAAAAAACUGAAACAGGAAACAUGACUUUUUCUCAGUUUGGAAGAAGUCUGCUAUAGGAGACAAAUACAUAAGUUAACUUAAAGUUGACUGUCUUGCCACUAAAAAGUCACAGCACACUUGCAUGCUGUUAGCUCGUUCGUCUUUCCUGCUUUCAACCACAAUACAAGGUCUUUUAUGCCAGUGUAAUAUUGGCAAACCCCCCCCCGCACCACUGUUUUUUUUUGUUUUUUAAUAAAAAUUUUAAAGACAUUUCAUGACAUCAUCACUGUAAAAUUAAUCAGGUUGCCUGAAAAUGGUUGUACAGAGUGUAACCUUUUAUAAAAUAAAAUUCCAAAGUGUAAUAUAUUUUCCAAUGUAUGGUAUAGUUGGUAUGGUAGUUUUGUUAAGCCAUUAAACAAUGCGGUGUUCCAAAA